AGAAAACGCUGUAAAUAGACAAGGCGAAGAUCAUCUUUAUAAACGGACGCAAUAAAGGAGACCUCAACAUAUAUUUUGGCUAAAAAAUACUAAAAGACUAUCUAACGCCUUUAAUAUUCCACCAGAAUUGUCAUCUGUGGAAAGUGUCCCCAUCAUGAGACAUCCGGAGGGCUGUGAGGAAGCUGAAGCAGCUGCCUCUCAACAUGAAAACCCAACCAGAACCUCCAAGCUGCCAUCAGUGAGAGUCGUCCUGCUGGUUCUGGGCUCUCUGCUGGCUGCUGCUCUCAUCAUCAUCUACAGACUCUCUGUUGUUUGGAUGAGCAAUCGAGAUGUUCAGAUCCUGAAAGAGGAGAAUGAAGAUCUGAGGACUUUUUUCUCAGGUGGUGAUGACAUCAGUCUUGCCGGUGCUUCAGGAGAAGGAGAGAAUCUGGAAGAAGAGCUGACACCUCCUGAGUGUGAAGCAGGCUGGGAGCUACAUGGAGGAAACUGUUAUUAUUUCUCCAACUAUAAGUCCUCCUGGACUGAGAGCAGAGAUUCCUGCAGAGGUCAGGGAGGAGACCUGGUGAAGAUCGACAGCAGAGAGGAGCAGAUGUUUCUGGUAGGAAGACUGAACAACUUGAUUGUGGAUGAAUCAGACAAGUUCUGGAUUGGACUGACAAAAGCUGAAAUAUACAACUGGUUCUGGGUGGAUGGAUCUACGUUAGAUGAAAGGUUUGACUGAUUAAAAGGCU